AGUAUAAUUAUGGUGUACGCCCAGUCGUCACACACAGUUCGCGUCAAUCCCUCCCUUCACUACCCAUCUUUCACGUAUCAGAUGUCAUUUAACUACUCUGUGAGGGAGAACUCGACUGUCCUGGCAACCUUACCCACAACUCCCCUCUGCAGCCUCGAGGGCUCGUCCUCCGGCCGGCUGAACGGGACCACGACCUCUUACGAGCUGACGUCCGGCGAGGUCGCUGUCCUGGGCCUGGUGUUCACGGUUCUCUGGUUGGUGUCCAUCCUGGGAAAUGCCCUCGUCUGCCUGGUCAUCCACCGGAGCCGCCGGACUCAGUCCACCACCAACUACUUUGUGGUGUCUAUGGCGUGUGCCGACCUGCUCAUGAGCCUGGGCUGGGCGCCCUUCAUCAUCCUGCAGGUCGCCUCAGGACGAUGGCCGCUGAGUGCCGCUGCUUGCAAAGCCGUGCGCUACCUGCAGCACCUCUGCCCAGGUGUGCAGGUCUACGUCCUGCUCUCCAUCUCCGUGGACCGCUUCUAUACGAUCGUCUACCCACUCAGCUUCAAGGUGUCCAGGGAGAAAGCCAAGAAGAUGAUCGUGGCCUCGUGGCUGUUUGACGCCGCCUUCGUGUCACCCUGCAUCUUCUUCUACGGCUCCACGUCUACAGGUGGCAGUCACUGUGACUUUUUCCUCCCGGACAGCUGGGGCAGUAUAGCCUACGCCGCCGUCCACCUCCUGGUUGGCUUUUUGGUGCCGGUGGCACUGAUUGUGUCGUUCUACCAGCGGGUGGUCCGCUACAUCUGGAGGAUCAGCGCCGACGGCCACACGGUGCGCCGGACAAUGAACAUCGUCCCGCGGACUAAAGUCAAGACCAUCAAGAUGUUCCUCAUGCUCAAUUCAGUCUUCUUCGUCACCUGGACGCCGUUCUACAUCGCCCAGCUUUGGCACCCGAGGGAGUCCGAUGGACCCAGCAGGCAGGGGCUGCUGUUCUUCACGGCCAUUUCCUGGAUCUCCUUCAGCUCCACGGCGUCCAAGCCAACCAUGUACUCCGUCUACAACGCCAACUUCAGAAGGGGCAUGAGGGAGACCUUCUGCAUGUCAUCCAUGAAAUGCUACCGCAGUAACGCGUACACCAUCACAGCGAGCUCCCGGAUGGCCAAAAAGAACUACAUCGGGGUCGUGGAAAUGCCCGUCCAGGCAAAGACGGUCGCCAAGGACUCCGUUUAUGAUACGUUUGGCCGAGAGGCAAAGGAGAAGAAGGUGGCCUGGACCACCAACGCCAACCCUCCCAAUACUUUUGUCUAA